UCUCCAUUUUUGUUUUCUAUUCAUUUGUACGAUUUGGUAUUUUCCAAGUGAAAUCUGUUUUAUUCUUGCAGCUAUUUAAGCAUUCCCAUGGCUCGCCCUACCGAUUCUGUGAAGGACAUCGAAGGAUUUGUGGAAGAUUGCAGUUAGUUGUAAGCAUAUAUGGUCUGUAACAAGUUCUUCAAACAAAGAACGUUUUAGUUGAUUCGAAGCAUGAUAUGAUUCAAGCGAUUGUACCUACUUAUUUGGUUUUCAAAUUCAAGUCCGAACUAUCAGCUGGAUGUUCUUAUAUCAUGCAGAAUUUCAAAGUUUCGAAAAAUGACUUCUCUUUUAAGUCGACGAAUCAUUCUUACAAAUUGGUUUUAUGUGGAUCAACUUCUGUUAAGAAAUCAGACCUUCCUGACAUUCCUGCUUAUUACUUUAACCUUCUUGGAUGGGAUGCCAUAGUUGAAGGAAGGUUUCAGUCUAAUGUUUUGGUUGAUAUCCUUGGAGGUAUUAUUGAGAUUUCUCAAUCUCAAAUAAAUGGUGACAAUCUCAAAAAAAUGGUGACAACAACAAGAACAGAGUUGUUUUUACCAUUGUUGUUUUUGUAUGCAUGUACUGCCGACUCAGGCUCCACCAUUCUUGAUGAUCAGGUAGGAAGAGCUUUUGUUGCGGCAAACUAUAAGGCUUCCUUCUAUAAGGAAGCCUUGUAUGUGAGAGGUGCACACAUAUGCUUGAAUGGAUCAUCCUUCUUUUAUGUAAGAGGUGCACACAUAUGCUUGAAUGGAUCAUCCUUUUUUCAUGUGAGAGGUGCACUUGAUCCUUCUUUUAUGUGAGAGGUGCACACAUAUGCUUGAAUGGAUCAUUUUUCAAAUAUAUGGUCUUUAAAGACGUAUCUCUUUCUUUUAAUUAGUUGGUAUUGGAAGUUACAAUAAUUGUUUCCCAAUAAUCCUUCAUUGUACAUAAUAUAUUUAAUUACUGGAAUAUUAUCAUC